GGCUUCUCCUCAGCCCGGUGCCUUAUUUCACACAAAACAGCUCAAAGUCUGGAUUGGUCCCUUGCGAGGAGACGACCAUGUAGAUGAGCUCUGGACAGAAAGCCGUUCACGCUGCCGUCAUGAGUCCCAUCAGGAGCCAGUCGUCUCUGGGCAUCUGUAUCCAGCUGUUGUUGUGCUUUCUGGCGGCCUCGGCCACCGACAGCCUGUGGGGGAGAAAGCUGGUGCUGAGCGGCCGCCCGUGUCUGUGGCAGCUGCGUCCAGAUGUGGUGCCGGCCCUCGAGGAGCUGACCGCGUGCAUUCUGCUGCGCCCCUUCGUCCUGACCCAGUGGACGGGUUUCGCCUACAAAGCCCCGGGCGCCGCCGGCACCGAGCUGGGGCUCGGCGGCAGCGGGGCCCAGGUGAGCGCGUGGCUGUUCGGGGAGGAGCGGCGCUUCGCGCGGCGGCUGGCGGAGGGCGCGUGGCACUCCGUCUGCCUGGCCUGGUCGGGCCGCGCCCAGCGGGCCAGGCUCUACGUCAACGGCUCCCUCCAGGGCGAGGUCCGGGGGAACCGGGCCCGGCCGCGGCGGCUGGCGCCCAACGGCACCCUCACGCUGGGGGCGUCGCACUACGUGGACGCCGACGGCGGCGUGCGCGAGGAGGCGGGCAGCAACCUGCUGGGGGAGGUGGGCCGGUUCGGGCUGUGGGGCCGGGAGCGGGGGGAGGGGGAGCUGGGGGCGCACAGCUGCGCCGACGGGGACGUGGUGAGCUGGGACCUGCGGCAGUGGAGGCCCGGAUGCCCCCCCAGGGACGACGGGAGCCUGACGUGCGCGUGGUCCCACUACAAAAUCAAAGUGCGGACGUUCGUAGUUCACUCCGCACAGUCUGGAAACUGCUCUCUACCGCUGGAGGGAGUCAUGAGGAACUGGCUGGAGAGCGUUCUCCCCCCGAACGCGUCCGUUCACGAGGUGUCCGUCUCGUCCCCGAGCAGUGCCUGUCGCGCGCUCGGUGACUCUGCAGCUCCACGCCUGCAGCAUCCUCAGGAAUCGGGGGCUUCGACAAACUGCGACGCGUGCCUCAGCUCUGAAGUCUACGUGACGGUGGAGCCGUCCGCUGACGUCGGAGGCGUUCAGACCAGCGUCGCUGCGUUGCUGACGGUGCCUUUCUCCUCCGACGCCCUCAGCGUCACGGCCGAGCCUCGGAGCCUCAGCAUCACGCCUGUGGAGUCUUUCCCAACAAUUAGGGACCCACCAACACCUGGCAGCACUGAAUCGUGUCCAACUCAAAGUCUGUCUGCUCAACCCAUGAGCGCGUCAACAACGAGGGAUCCUUUGGAUCUCAACCAAACAGACGCUGUUGCACCAGAUGUUUUCUUCAGAGCCAACGUGUCCCUGAGUGUGACCGGCAACCCUGAGAACCCGAGGGAUGUGAUCGAGAAAUGGGCGAAAAAGGCUCUGGAGGUGAACGGCACCAUGACCGUACUGAACCUCGUCGUGAAGGAGAACGUCGGCAGGAACCUGCAGGAACAUGAAAUGACAUGGACCUUCGACCAACAAAAGCAUCAAUACAACUGCACCUUCCAUGUUCAGGAGCAGAAGAAGAGCAGCGUGGAGGAGGUCCGAGCUGCGAUUACGGCCGCGCUGUCGUCCAAGUACGAGGACGGCUCCGCGUCCAUUCAGCCCACGGACCUGGCCGUCAGACACAUAGAGCCGGGAAACUGCCUGGAGGACGCCGCCUCGUCGGUUUAUGGGAUGUACAUCUGGCCGGAGACGUUUCCACAGGUGAAGCAGGAGAUGGGCUGCAACGAGCCGCCCUCAGAACGCGCCUUCAGGCUCUGCAAGUUGGACAUUGACACGGACGCGUCGAGCUGGGCCAAGCCCGACAUGACGAACUGCCAGCCGCUCGUGAGCAUUUCAGACCUGAACAACAUCACUGUAACCACAGGGAACACCGCUGAGGUGGUGGACCUGAUUCAGGACCUGGUGGGAGCUCAGCUGGGGAACGGUGCAGAGCUGUCCUCCUCCGAUCUCACCUCGGUCGUGGACAAGCUGGGCGAGGUCAUAGACGUCAGCGUCGGGCCGGACACCGGGGCCAACAUCGUCAGCAUCAUCUCCAAUAUCCUGCUGUCCGAGACCAACGUGACCCCGGUGGCCAGCGCUGUUUUAAAUAUGACCAACAAAAUGGGCGACACCAUGGACUUCCAAAGCGAAUCCGUGAGUCUGACGGCGCCCUCGAUGGCCCUGUCCAUGGUCAACGUGGACCCGGUCGGGUUCGGGGGCCUCACCUUCGGCGUGACCUCCUCGUCGCAGCUCGGCCCAUCGACUUUCGUCAAUCAGAGCUUUGUGAGUGAUCCGCUGCAGGAAACCGUGGCAACCAUCGCCCUGCCUCCCACGCUUCACUCCUUCUUCCCUCCUGGAGAAACAGACACAACCCGGGUCCAGUUCCAGUUCUACGAAACCCACGACCUUUUCCAGGAUCCGGACACAACAGACUCAACACAGGGCAACUGGACCUUAAACUCCUAUAUAAUCUCAGCCAGCAUCAACAACAGCAUCGUCAGAGACCUGACUGAUCCGGUGGUGGUGACUCUGAGGCACCAGCGACCCAUACAGCCUGGAGACAAGGUGCAGUGCCGGUUCUGGGAUUUCCAGAGGAACGGUGGACGGGGCGGCUGGAACCGCCGGGGCUGCAGAACCCGCGGCGUUUCGUCCGACCGGACCAGCUGCGUGUGUGACCAUCUCACGCACUUCGCCGUGCUCCUGGACGUAUCCAGAUCCCCCCUGAGCGGCGCCGACGCGCUGGCCCUCGCGCUGCUCUCGUACGCGGGCUGCGGCCUGUCCUCCGUCUUCCUGGGCCUCACGCUGCUCACCUACGUCGUCUUUGCGAAGCUGCGUCGGGACUACCCGUCCAGGAUCCUGGUCAACCUGUCCGCGGCCCUGCUGGGCCUGGACCUGCUCUUCCUGCUCGACGCCUGGCUCGCGUCCUUCUCCAACCGCCACGCGUGCGUGGCCGCGGCGGCGGCGCUGCACUACUUCCUGCUGGCCUCCUUCACCUGGAUGGGCCUGGAGGCCGUGCACAUGUACUUCGCCCUGGUCAAGGUCUUCAACGUCUACGUGCCGGCCUACGUGCUGAAGUUCUGUGCUGCAGGAUGGGGCGUCCCCCUGGUCAUCGUCAGCCUGGUGCUGGCUAUAGAUACAGAUGCUUAUGGAAGCAGUACGCCUGAGGAGGCUGCGGUGGCUCUUCAGUCGUCGGACUCGUUCUGCUGGCUGCAGAGCGACGUCUUCUUCUACGCGACGGUGGUGGCGUUCAUUCUCCUCGUCCUGCUGUUCAACACCUGCGUGUUCGUCGUGGUGCUGGUCCAGAUCCGGCAGAUGAAGGCCAACAAGCCGUCAGCAAACGGCACCAGCAGCUCCCUGAAGGAGCUGAGGGCCGUGGCCAGCCUCACCGUCCUGCUGGGUCUGACGUGGUCGGUGGGAUUGUUUUCCUUCGGGCCGGGGAGAGUGGUCCUCAUGUACGUCUUCACCAUCUGCAACUCUUUACAGGGAUUUUUUGUCUUCUUGUUCCACUGUCUGAUGAAGGACAAUGUGAGGAAACAAUGGAGAAUCCACUUGUGCUGUGGGCGGUUCAGACCCAGUGAAUGCUCAGACUGGAGCCGCUCUGUGACCGCGGCCAAUCACUUCAAAAAGCAGAACCUCGUGAACUCCGACUCACUCGCGUCGGACGGCGCCUCCGCCGUCAGGAAGGCGUCGGACUCGUCUGCGGUGUCAGCGUCACAGUAGCGCCACCAGGGGGCGCCAGCGGCGCGUGUACGAGCCCGUCUGCGCAGCUUUGGCUCAAACAUUAGAGCAGUGACGUGUGGCCUUUUAUCUUUAAAAAAUUAAAGAGUUUACAUUUAAAGAUUUACUGUUUUCACAGCAUAACCAAUUGACCUAUGUUUAUAAUAUACCACGUCCUACAGUGUAGCAUACUGUAGGUUUGUAUGUACAGAAUGUACUGUAAUCAAUCAAUACAAUUUCAAUUGUUUUAUGUUUAAAUUGCCAAAAUAAAAAGUUUCACUGUC